UGUCAUUUGAAAUUAUGUCAUUUCAAACUUGCCCAUAUUUACCACAUAUACAUUUUUUCAUUCUUUUGAAUUAUGAAACAAAUUUAGAUCUUGAUUUCAUGUAAAAACAUUACGUAUUUAAGCUCUUUAAUGUCAAUGAAAACAUUAUUUGCUUUUUGCUUAUAAAUACGUUAUCCAUUGAUUACAAAAUCGAUGUAGAACUUUUCUUCAGAUUUCGUAUUAAACGAUAUUUAUUGCUCGUCUGACGCACAUGUUUCGUUUUCACUAUUUAGAAUGUUACAAUUAAUAUUUUGUAUAUGAAUAAGAACAAAAAUUAUACAUUGUUCAUCAGUUAUCGUUCAGUUAUAAUAUAUCGUUAUUGAAAUAUUUACAUUUUUGAAUUAAAUAUAACAUAAUAUUUUAAAAUCUAAAAAAGAAAAAGAAGUUUGCAGAAAUAAUGGUGCUCGUUGGAGAUACAAAUUCGAUUUUUAAUGCCGGUUUAAUAUUAGGAUGUACCGCUCUGUGUGCUUCAAAGGACAAUGUAAAAGCGAGAAGACUUCGAGAUAUAAUAUUCAUCGUUUUCUCAAUGACUCUGUAUUUAGUUAGUCUCGUAGUAAUGUACAUUUAUGUAUUCUCGUACGAAGAUUCAGAUUUAAAAAGCAUGCUUAUCGUCAUAAUAAGAGUAUUUCUUAUUUAUUUGUGCUUGUUCACGGAUGCAUCGGUGACAACUUUAUGGAAUUGGAAGAUUCGAUCCGUUUUAUCGCAGUUACGUAAUUUUGAUCGAGCUACAAAAUUUCGUGAUUUUUCAAAAGGAAAUAAAUUGCGUAUCAUUUGUCAUGUCACAGUGUUCGUCAGUUUCUCAUAUUGGGCGAUAGUAGGAUAUUUCACGUACAGGUAAGAUGUUGUAAAGAAGAAUCGAACAUCAAAUUUUAUGAUAGUUAUAUAUUAUAUCGUAUAAAUGUUCAAAUUUUUAAAAAUUGAAAAUAAAGUAGGACUAUUUCAAAUUCGAUAAGAAUUGUUGAGAAAUUGCAUAAAUAUAUAAAUGUGUUUACAUUUGUGAAGCAAUUAUCGAAACGUUAAAUGUAUACGCAAUAAAAUUUUAUUUUAUUGAGAUUUUUA